AUGGGGCCGCCCCCCCCCCCCGAAAGCCCCCCCGGAGUGGGGGGGUCCCGCAGCCAACGGGAUCACGACUAUCGCGACAUGGACUAUCGCGGCUAUGGGGGACCCCCGGACGGAACCCCCACUUCGGGGACCCCCCCCCAGGGACCAGGAUUACCGCCCCGAGGCGGCCGAGGAAGAGCCCCGUGCCAGCACCAUCGUCAUGCUCCGAAUGCUGCCCCAGGCAGCCACCGAGAACGACAUCCGGGCUCUGCUGCAGUCUCAGGGGGUGCAGCCCCGCGAGGUGCGGCUGAUGAGGAACAAAUCCUCAGCAGGGCGUGGUGCUGUUGGGGCAGCGCGUCUCCCUGCACUACAGCGACCCCAAACCCAAAAUCAACGAGGACUGGCUGUGCGCCAAGUGCGGGGUGCAGAACUUCAAACGGCGCGAGAAGUGCUUCAAAUGCGGCGUCCCCAAAUCGGAAGCUGAACAACGGGGACCGGGGGGUCCACGACCCGAAUUGGUACCCGGUGGGGGGGGGGGGGGGGCUUCUGCCCCUCCCUCAGCCCUAUGGCCCCACUUUGGGGGGGACCCCCGGGGGGUCUUCGGGGGGCGCUGAGCCCGGAGCUGACAACGCCAACGACACCAUCAUCCUCCGCAACCUCCACCCUCAGAGCAGCCUGGAGUCCAUCCUGGCCGCCUUGGCCCCAUUCGCCGCCCUCUCGGCCGCCAACGUCCGCGUCAUCAAAGACAGACAGACGCAGCUCAACCGCGGCUUCGCCUUCGUGCAGUUGGCCACCAUCGUGGAGGCCUCCCAGCUGCUGCAGAUGCUGCAGGCCCUCCACCCCCCCCUCCACAUCGAUGGCAAAAGCAUCAACGUGGAAUUCGCCAAAGGCUCCAAGCGGGAGGUGCAGGGGGCGGGGUCAGCGGAAGGCCCGCCCCGCGCCAGCGCCGCCUCCGUGGCCUCCACCGCCAUCGCUGCCGCCCAAUGGGCACUCUCCCAGGCAGCCCCCGGCGGGGAGGCGGCUCCGUGGGCGGGGGGAGGGGAGGAGACUUCCGGGGGCGGAGACUUCGGCGCUUUCUACCAAUCAGAGGAGAGCUUCGCCGGCCCCGCCCCCCUCUACGGCUCCGCCUACCUGAAGGCGGCCCCGCCCCCCGGCCCCGCCCUCUCUGGCUCCGCCCCCAGCAAAGGAGACGGCUCCGCCCCCGGUAUGUGACC